GUUUACCAUGUGUUUACAAAUUAAAUAUUUUGUGUUAAAAAAAGUUAUAUUUUUCAAACUUCUAAAAAAUAUUGAUUUUUCUCUAGGUAGCUGCGAAGCUACUUGCGCAACGCUACUGGACAAUCGAUUGACGUAUCAUUUGUCAUUGUCAAAACUAGGUUUGGGAGAUGAAAACGAAUAUACAUACACACAUACAGAACAAGAUCAGCCAUCUUUUUGGUGUUUUUGGUCAAAGUGAUGCGCGUUAACGUGAAUAUCAAGCUUUUAAGCAGUGAAAUGGUGAAUAAAUGUAAUAAAAUCUGGCAAAAACUUAAAAUGUUUAGUAAAUAAAGUGAUAAACUUCUGUUACCUACUUAGCUCUAUAAAUUUCAAUAUAAUUAUAUGUUCUACCCACACUAAAAAGCUACCUAUUUCAAUUAUAAAGUCCCAGUAUUUCAUGGAACAAUGAGUAUCAUCUUGUAAAUCCUUUAUUAAUUACUUAGAAAAUUAAAAUGGCAAAUGUAAACAUGAAAGAUGGAAUACAAAGUCCAAUGUCUGUUAUGAUCAAAAGUGAGCCAAUAGAGUGUGAUGUGGAGAUUAAAGUGGAGCCCCCAGAUGAAGAAGCUUCACUUGAAGCUACUUCUAGCGUUAAAAAGGAAUAUGAAGAAGGAACGGAAAAUUUGACUGUUAAAGAGGAAUAUGAUUCUAAUGCAGUUGAACAUAUAACAGUCAAAAUUGAACCUACUGUUUAUAGUAGCGAUGAUGAGUUGGACCUAGCCAGCUAUGCCCUAGCAAAAUAUCAAGAAACUGCUCAACCGCAGAACAAUCUGAGCCUGAGAACUCGCAUUAAGAUACCAAAGAGGUCAAAGGAUCGCGAUGAGGACUAUAAGCCACCAAAAAAGAAGAAAAAGGGCAUCAAUGAAAUAGUGAAGAAACCAUAUACGAACAAGGCAAAGAAAAAAGAAAACUGCUACUCCGACAAUGUGACCAAGAACAUAGAGCUAGUGACCAUAACGGAGGAAGAGAGAGAGAUAGAGUUCAGAGAUCUCUGGCAAAGUCGGCGGCACAUGCGGUACUUUUGUGAAGACUGCGCUAUAGGCUUUGUUAUGGAGGAGCCGUAUUUGUUGCAUAUGAAGAGCCAUGCGCCGGAAGCAGGCGAGUUUAUGUGCGAGAUAUGUCGUUGUCGCGGCAACAAUAAGGAGCAAAUGUACAAACAUAAACUGCGACAUUUCCGGCGCUACCGGUGCGCCAUCUGCCGGCGUGUGUUUAAAGACAAGGAGACAGCGUCGAGUCACGUGAUGAGCGAACAUGUGCACGAAGCGUUCAUCUGUGGAGAGUGCGGCAAGGGAUUCAGGAGACCAGCCUACCUCAAGAAACAUGUGGCGCAACAGCACACAAAAGGGCAACGGCAUGAGUGCCCCAUAUGCGAGCGCGAAUUUUUCCACCGAAGCAUGUACAACACACACGUUAGGCGACACAACGAAGAAGUCCGCAACCCAGUCGGCCAGCUCUUCAUCUGCGACCUCUGCUCCAAGCACCUCAAGAGCAAGCAAGCAUUAAAGCGCCAUCUAGCGGUCCACGCAAGAACUCGCAACAUUCCGUGCUCGCUCUGCCCUUCCAUGUUUCAUACGAAGAAGGGAUUAAGGCUGCACGAGCUCAAUAAGCAUUCCGAAGAUAAAGAACGGCGAAUGUUACAGCAAUGUCCGCAAUGCGAGCGCGAGUGUACGACCCCCGCGUUACUGCGACAACAUAUCAGACGGAUGCAUACUGACAGAACCAAAAAGUACCAAUGCGACGACUGCAAACGCUUCUACUGGAGCAAAGGCGAGCUCCGCUCCCACAUCGUGUGGUCGCACGCGCCGAGCCGCGGCAAGCGCGCGCUGUUCUGUUGCGGUCGCGAGUUCCGUACACGAAGCAGACUGAAGGACCAUAUUGCGAUACAUCAUUUGGGUCACGAGAGGGAAAGGAUACAUAAGUGCGACCAGUGUGACAAGGCGUUCGCGAACAAGCAAGUCCUAAACCGCCACAAGAAGAGCCACACCGACAACACGUACCCCUGCCCAGACUGCGGGGUCCGCUUCAAAUGCGAGGCCUACGUCAAAGUGCACCAGCAACUCAAGCACCUCAACAUGACCCGAGCCGAAAUAAAGGCUUUAAAACAAGCCAGAAAAGCUUUAAACCCGCCGAAAGGUUUACGACCCCUGUCAGUGGCGCCCAACUUUAAUGAACCACUAAAAGGUUUACCUCUUUCAGGGGCGCCCAACAAUGAACCUCAGGAUUUGAGUGUGACGGAAAAGGAAACAAGUUUUGAGACAGUAUUAGUGAAGCAGGAAGUGGACAGUGAUAGUGAGAUUCGGGUGCCGCUGUUCGAUUUAGAAGACUUGAAAAGUAGGGUAUGAUUCAAACAAGCCAGAAAAGCUUUAAACCCACCGAAAGGUUUACGAUCUCAGUCAGGGGAGCCCAACUUUAAUGAACUACUCAAAGGUUUGCCUCUUUCAGGGGCGCCCAACAUUGAACUUCAAUAUUUGAGUGUGAGUGAAAAGAAAAUUGGUUUUGAGACAGUGUGGUAAAUUGGAAAUGGACAGUGCCAGUAACAUUUGAAGGAUUUGAAAAAGGGUGUGAUGUGAGUGAAAAAGUAUUUAUCAAAAUACUUGCAGGGAUAUUAAUGUAAUAGCCUACAUUUGGACAGACGACCUUGUUAAGGUCGCCGGAAGACGCUGGGUGCGGGUAGCUUCCAACCGGCACGUAUGGACGUCCAAGGGGGAGGCCUAUGUUCAGCAGUGGACGUCUUACGGCUGAGAUGAUGAUGAUGAGCCUACAUUUAUAGUAAAGAGAUUGUGUCACAAGAGAGCGAAACGAAAUGAUAUUUACGGCGAGGGCGUUCAUCGAAUCAUGAACAAUGAGUAGUGAAGGGAUUCUAAAAUAAUGCUGAAAGUAGCGAGGGAUUAAAGUGUAACAGGGUGAAUCAACUUUUUCUUGUCACUAGUUGCCAUGGUUACGGUCUCCUGGGUCACUCUUAAAAUACUAGUUAUUUCGUAUUUAAAUGAACAAAACUUGAAGUUUUUGGUAGUUAGUUUGUAGAACAUGGUACAGCAGCUUUUCUAUGAAACUAUGCUACUAUUGUCUCCUGGCUGAUGGGACAGAAUAACAACAAGAAAUAGUUGAUCAACCCAAUAAAAUUGUAAUCCAAGAAAAUGAAAAACCGUUUUUAUAAUCAAUGAUGUUGUAAAAAGUAUUUGAGUGUAUUAUGUAAUGAUCUAGUCUUCGCUUUGUAAUGUGAUGUAGAAUAAAAUUGCAUCAUUUUACAGGAUGUGCAAUGUAAUACGGUGGGUAUAUCGUAAGUGAACAAUAGUUAAAAUUUACAGACUUAAUGAUUAUUUCAUUAUUAUCUUCGUCAUUUUCGUUAGCAGAAUUAUCUGCUUAACCUUUCGAAUGACGGAACGCGGAUCCACGUUAAAUAGUAGGUAUUGAAUUCUAAUUAUUAAUUAAUUAGAAUUCAAUACUUACUGCGCGGAUCCUCAUUCAAGAGGUUAAUAAUUAAUCUCUUGAAUGACGACCUAUUAUAGGUACAAAACUAGAUUACUUAGCUCUUAAGUUCUAGACAAAAUAAUGAAUUUAGCAUCCUUAUUAUUUCUAGUUCGUUUUUUUUAGCAUUAGAAAAAACUUGCAAGAAGGUAAGCGAUCUUGACAUGUCUUUUAAUUGAAAAACGCAAAACGCAUUAUAAAAAUAUAAAACUGUUACUUAUGAAAGCAGAAGAAUAUAAAUGAUCGUAUUAGAUUCAUAAUUGUUACAUAUUUGCCGUAACUUAUUUUUAAAAUGUGUUUUUCAAUUAAAAGACCCAUCAAGAUUGUUUACCUAAUUUCUAAUGCUAAAAUAAACGAAGUAUAGUAGCAUAAAUAGCGUCAACCUACCUCACAAUAACACAGAUAGCAAAUCGGAAUAGAAUCGAUUUUUUAUUAAGUACUUUAUUCUUAAUUGCGUUCGCUCACCGAAAACACGUUUAAAAAAAGUCUAUGUACGGUAGAAGUACUAGUGCUCGACGCUGCACUAGUAUUCGACAUGGGCACUUUAUGUCAAAGUGACAAGGAUUAAAUUUGAAUAUAGAAAAAUCUUCACCGUUCAAAUUUAACCUAUAUUACUUUGACAUAAAGUGCCCAUGUCGAAUACUAGUGCAGCGUCGAGCACUAGUACUUCUACC